UGGGCACACCAUUUGAGUAGAAAGUGAGACGUUUUAAUUUGUUGUCUCUGCGCGCUGUGUAAUUUCGGUUAAUUUGUCCCCGAAUCGCGUUAAUCGGCUAAUUCGCUUAUUAGGGCAAGUGCUUUACGUGUGUGGCCGUCGAUUGUCGAGGAUGCGAGGCGUCCCAAAACUGCCGACUGCCCGCAAUUAGGUUUAUCAAGAGCCGCCCUCGAAAAUCUCGAAUCGAAAUAUUCAGCCAGGAAAGCAAAGCAACAGGCCAAAAAAAAAUUUACAGGCCUCAAUUAGCGCAGCGAAAUAGCCAACAGUGCAAGUGCUGCGUGCGUGUUUCAGUGUUUCGUGUUCUUGGUCAAAAUGCGCGCCACCAUAGAGUUCGAGGAGUGCCUGAAGGAUUCUCCCAAGUUUAGACAAUUUGUGUCCAAGGAGGAGACCGACAUCGAGCACUUGGAGCAGAGGCUGGAGAAAAUCAUAAAGCUGUGCAAUGUGGCCGUGGACUCGGGCAAGGAGUAUGUCAAGAACCAAAGCGCCUUUGCCAUGUCCUUGUGGGAUCUGCAGCAGCACUUUCUCGACAACAAAAACGCUCACAAUGCGUUGGGCAAGCUGAUUCACUGCUUCCAGGAGAUGAAUAAGUUCCACACCAUCCUGUUAGAUCAGGCUAGUCGAACGGUGCUGAAAAAUCUCAGUGUGUUCGUUAAGGACGACAUCAACCAAGUGAAGGACUACAAGGGGCAUUUUCUCAAGGUCUCCGAGGGCUAUGACAAUGCACUGAUUAAAAACGCUCAGGCUAGCAAAAACCGACCGCAGGAGAUGCAGGAGGCUGCCAAUAUCCUUUCCGCCUCGAAGUCGUGCUUCCAACACACCGCUCUGGAUUAUGUCAACUAUAUAACGCUGGCGCAGGCUCGAAAGGUCCCCUCAAUACUGUCAACGCUGUUGGAUUACUAUCAAGCGUGCGUGACCUACUACCACCAGGGCUUCGACCUGUGCAACGACUUUGACGAGUUCUUCAAGAAUAUCAGCGAGGAUUUGAAUGCCCUGCGUGGCGACUACCAGCAACUGGAAAAGGCCAUGCAGAAUCGUCACAUGAGCGUCAAUCGUUACUGCGACUCGAACACCAAUAGCACCUCAAACAAGAUCGAGGGCUAUCUUUUUAAAAAGAAGUCCAAGGGCUUCAAGACCUGGUGUCGGAGAUGGUUCUACCUCAGCGACAACCAGCUCGUCUACAGUGAUUUGGAUUCGAAUUGCAGAAAACGCAGCAACGAAGACUCGUUCUCGGUCAUGGAGGAGGAUCUACGCAUCUGCAGCGUGCGUCCGGUGAACGAGGGCGACCGCCGUUUCUGUUUCGAAGUCAUCUCACCGACGAAAUCCCAUAUCCUGCAGGCUGAUUCCGCCGAUAUGCUUUCCUUGUGGAUUUCCGCGCUCCAGCAUAGCAUUGGUGCCGCCAUUCAGCAUGAUUCCACUCACAACACACGCCCACAAUCGACGAACACACCCAACAACGCUCUGCCCGCAAAGCGUAGAAUCCACUGGGAAGAGUUCCUAAAGAUACCGGGCAACGCUUAUUGCUGCGACUGUAGGAGCCCCGAACCGCGAUGGGCUUCCAUUAAUCUGGGCAUUACGCUGUGCAUCGAGUGCUCUGGUGUUCAUCGGAGCCUGGGCGUCCACUAUAGCAAGGUGCGUUCCCUGACCUUAGACGCCUGGGAAACCGAAAACGUAAAAGUGAUGAUGGAGCUCGGUAACGAGGUUGUUAACCGCAUCUAUGAGGCACGCAUCGGCGAUGACUGUGGACUGCAAAAACCAACCGAACAGUGCGAGAUCGGGGUGCGCGAGUCUUGGAUCAAGGCCAAGUAUGUGGAACGGCGAUUCGUUUGCGGCAUGCCCAAGCCACAGGAGCUGCUGGCCAGCGAGACGGCCGAAGUCCUCAGUAUAGACAGUGGCGGCGUGGUGGAGGACGUAGAAAGUGGCGGCAGUGGAAUUGCUAAGCGAGCCACACUAUCGCUGGGCGGAACUCGUAAGUGGGCGGUAAAGAAGCUACGACGGAGGCAAAAGCAGCGCCCGCUGCCAAAAACCUUGAGCGAUGAUCCGAGCAUCUAUAACACAGCCAAGACGGGCGACGAGUUGGACGAUGACGAUGAUGAUGAAUCCAUCAACAUUCCUUCGAUGUCACUGAGUAUCUCACGAGACGAUUUACUGGUGAUUGGCGAUGACCUAGCCCUAGACAGAUUAGAGACUCCUGGCAUUCUAGGCAGUGAUCAAGAGAGCACCGAUGGCGAGUCGGAUCCGGAGACGCCGGAGGAACUGCCCUUCUCCCAGCUAGAUGCCAAUCAGUUAUUGUACAUGGCAUCGGUGGUUCACAAUCUGCCCGUGAUGUGUAUGGCUUUUGCUUUGGGUGCCGACAAGGUUUGGAAGAAUCCUCAGGACCGGCAGCGAUCAUUCCUACACCAAGCCGUGAUCUCUGGCUCCGUAAUGGCCUGCGAGUUCUUGCUGUUAAACGGAGUCGCUAUCGAUGCUGUUGACGAAUUGGGCUACAGCGCUCUUCACAUAUCCACAGCCAAGGGUCAUAUCGCCCAGGUUUAUCUGCUGCUGAAGCAUAAAGCUGCAUACGACUUGGCCUCCAGUGAUGGAAAGAAAGCACUAGAUAUUGCGGUGGAUCAGGAAAAUGCCGACAUAGUAACGCUACUUCGGUUGACGCAAUUAAAUGACGAGAUCGGCCCUAACGACGAAUACAACGGGGAAGAUGAAACGUAUAAGAACGUGAUGAAGGACUUCUCCAAGUUACCCGCAAGUCAAACUCGGGUUUUGCGCCAGCGCCAUGACUCAAAUACACUGGAAUCGCAGCGCAGCUCGCUGACAAACUCGGACUAGCAGUGGCAGAUCGGAGGUCGCAAGAGUUAGUAACUUACUCGUUAUUAAGGAUAUUGUUCCGAUUAGUAGGCUAGGGUUAUAUUGGAUUGUUAUUGGCUUUAUAUCGCAUUAACCAGGAAUGUUAAAUGGUUUCGAUUUCUAAGGAAGUCGGUACGGGCUUGUUUCCCUAGGUAAUCUCAUUUGAAAAGCGCUUCCGAUUAUACAAGAAAAUAUUAUUAUUCAUUGCAUUUUGCAUUCGAAUGUCGGUUAUGACCUUUCGUUUUGUCUUAGGCGCAUUUUGAGAACCGUUUUUUGGCGUUUAGCUUAAGUUUAAAGUAUUCGUAGAUGAGUUGAGUUUAUUAAAAAUACGUGUAUUUACCUAUAAAAUUGUACAUCGUCUUAUGGGGUAUUUAUUAAACGAUAUUGUAAAAUGUAUGUCUAGCUAUAUUGUGUCCUGUUACAGAGGUGUUCCAAAUGUUCCGAUUUGUAUUUGUUUGCUAAAAUGUUUACCGCUGCAUGUUUUCUAAAUGUUUUAAUAUUAACAUGAUGAUAUUUGGUGCCAACUGUUGUUAGCACUCUAAGUUCGCGAAUAAAGUUGUAUAAUAUUC